CACAUGCAGUUCGGAGUUGUUGCUGAGGAGGUUCCACUGUUCAGCACAUACCGUUAAAUUGGCAUGCAGCCUACGCUUCGAUCCUGGAGCAGGAGUCUGCACUGCUUUUGAAAAUGUUACCGUCUUAUUACCGGAGUUUCCAUGGACAAAGGGGCAGGGUUGCGCUGUUUUACCUUUUGUGCAGUAUUACAGGUGUGUGUGGCAGUCAGGUGAUGGUGCCUCAGAGGGUGAACGCUGUGCUUGGGAAGAAUGUGACGUUAGAGUGCGGGGUGGAUGUGGGCACCAACCUUACUCUGACUCAGAGUUCCUGGGAGCGUCGUCUGCCUUCAGGCUCCGUCACGGUGGCCGUCUACAACCCACGGUACGGCAUCUCAAUCCCUCCGGAGUAUAUCCAUCGCCUGUUCUUCCGCUCACCCUCCUCUCAUGAUGCCACCAUUGUCCUGCGGAACGUGGGCUUUGCUGACGUGGGGAAGUACACCUGUAAGGUCGCCACAUUCCCCCUGGGAAACACUCAGGCCUCCACCACUGUCGAUGUAAUGGUGGAGCCCAAAGUCUACGUGUCUGCAGGUUCAACUGCCCUGAUCGAUGGUGGUAAUGAUACUCUUGUGGCCACCUGUAUUGCUGAGCGGGCCCGGCCCCCUGCUUAUGUGUCCUGGGAGUCCAACCUAUUUGGCCAGUCAGAAGUUCAGCGGUUUGACGAAGCCAACGGCACGACCAGCACACAAAUGAGCUACCUCUGGCAGCCCACACGUCACAUCCAGGGCCAAACACUCACCUGUGUGGUCCGCCACCCAGCUCUCGACAGUGACUUCAGGAUCCCCUACCAGCUCAAUGUGCAGUAUGCUCCUGAUAUCUCCGUUGUUGGUUAUGAUGGAGACUGGUACGUAGGUCGUGAAAAUGCACAAAUGACGUGCAAAGCCAACGCAAACCCACCAGCCAAUCACUUCAGAUGGAUCAGACUGGACAGCCAAAUGCCAGAAGGGAUGGAAAUAAUGAACAGCACUUUGCUCUUCCUGCGUCCCCUCCAACGCAAUGACUCGGGGGUUUACAGGUGCGAAGUUGCCAAUGACAUCAACCUCCGCAGUCGGGAUGUGCGCAUUCUCAUACAAGAUCCUCCCACCAUGCCUUCCACCAUUACUGCUCCUGUCCUUACUGGCUCUGCCUCCUCCACCUUAGUCGAUGAUCAGGGACAUGUUCUCCUCAGCUCCCCCACACUUGAAGCUCUUCCUGAGAGUAAUCUCGGCUCCAUAGUGGGCGGGGCUGUGGGCGGGGCCUUGUUCCUGCUCCUGCUGCUGUGUCUGGUCGGCGUGUGUUACCUUCAGAAACAGCAAACCUUUCACGGGAACUACUACACCAAGCAGUACUUGGGCCCCAACGACCUGCAGAAAGCCCCCCCGCAGCAUGAGCUCCAACCCACCAAAGCAGGCAGCAGCUCCCACCGUCAGGACCAUGACCGAGAGGAGUGGGGCGACCGCCAGCUCAAACAGGAGCGUGACCGCCGUCAGCAAGGCAACCAAGAGGAGUAUCCCUCUAACGGCUACACACGGGCGAUGAGGGAGAGCGGCCACCACAACCAGCAGCAGAAUCAGCACCGUGAACACGCUCAGUACUCGAGUCCGCAGCAGGCCAGAAGUGCCAGAUACCCUCAUUCACCUAAACCCAGAGGAAACGGCUCCCCCUACCUGUCGGACGACUGCUACGACAGCGGGCCUGAGGGGGACUAUGUCUCUCACACAGAUGGCUCCGUCAUCUCGCGCAGGGAGUGGUACGUUUGACGAGCCACCCUAUCCUGCAGGAGUAGAGAUCUGGUAGACAUCAGAGGGUUUCAUUUAUGUUAUUAUGAAGAACGACAUCGUUAUCUCUUCUGUAUGCGCACGCACACUUCUACUAACCUCGAUUCUGUAGUUUCCUUUGUGUCGUUCAAGUGUCCUGGUCGACACUCGAGACAUUUCGUUUCUGUACUUGACGUGGACGGACUGUGGACUGCACGGCCAGUUAGACAGUAAACCUCUACAUGCCCACAGAAGUCGCCAUGUCAUAGUUUGUGUGCGCAGAGAUGUAUGUGCUGUCUCUGCCUUACUACAUGGACUGCCAAUUUAUUUAGCAUUACUAAUGUCUUUCAGUUAGGCGGAAGCCUCUGGGGCUAACAGAUUACAUAUGGUUGUCGAAUAAGAACGUUUUUUUUUGUUUUUUUCUACAAAAUCUGCCUCCUCAGGCCAGGUAACACUUGCUCAUUUAUAUUUGUAUGUGUUGGUAAUGCUUGCUCGGAUUUGUUUAAAAGACUUGUGACUGCUGAGUAUAAUUGGGUGGAAGUAAAUCCGUCAAAUUCAGAGGGUCACACGUCCUUUUUCCAAACCAGUACCCACAGUAGAGGCAAAGGUUUGUUUAAAAAAAGAUUUAUCACUGAGAAAUCUCCAUGACUAAACCCCUCUCGACACUCAUUGAUAAAACGUAUUGCACUGCCUUUUGCAAAACUUUAUACUAGACGACCACAUCAUUUGUUUUCUACUAAAAUGUCUUAAUGAAAUUUACUGUUGUGGGAAACUUGUGAGCGUAAGGAAUUGACCUCUGAUGUCAUGUUAAUGUCCUUUUGAAAGUGAUGGCCCGGAGUGGGAACCUUUAGAGCAUUUCUACUGUAUGUCCUCGGCUCAUCUUUAAUCCCCAGGAGGGAUGCAUACCUGGAGGGAGGGCAAGCAAGGAUGUCUGCAUGAAUGAGGAACAGUCCAACAGAUCAACACACUGGCUUUAUCAAACAGUCGAGCCUUGACAUGCUGAACUCUGCAAGUUUAGAUAAGUUGGAAUAAUAGAACUUAAAAUCUGUGAGAUUUAUUGAUUUAUAGUGAGUUGUCCUCUUUAUUUUGCAGCAAACACAUUCUCCAGUUGGUGGUUAAGUGUUUGAGUGUUUGCACUCUGGCACCAACCCAGGCCUCCUGGAAAUACAAGAGUGCUAUCAGCAGGGCAUUGUUGAAAGCAGGCUACAGUAGGGCAGCCACCGUACGCUGGCCUCCCAGUCACAAAGUAUUUUGUUACACAAAGAGGUGAUUCAAGAGCGCAGCUAGUACACCGACCUCUGCGACUAAUUUCAUUACUCUGAGUAAUCUGUAGACAAACACACUCAACUGUGUUACAAUCACAAUCUGACGCAUUAAUAGGCUUACUGUGUGCAACUGCAGUAAUCAUGCUCCCCAGUUUUUAGUUUUUAAAUUGAGAAUUUAUUAUCACUACCAGUAUUACCGCAGUAGAAUAUACAUUCUGUUGAGAAAUCAGGUCUUCUGUCAUGGAUGAGUGGCAAUGUGGCCCAGCAAAGCCACAGCACUCUCCACAUGGGAAAGAUUACAUUUUGUUGCACUAAUCAUGAAUCCAUUCAGAGUUAUCCUUUGAGUAUCAAAUAAUACAUCCUGUGCUUUUAUUUUCUAAAAAAAGAAAAAAGGGUUGUGUCUAGAUUUGCAUUUCUGCGUCCAUUUCUAACCAGCCACAUGUGAUGCUUAUCGUGUGGCAGGACCAAGUACUGUGAUUGAGGGGAGGAGAAGUGUUUCAUUGAGCUAUAGAGCCCGAGUAGUUCAGGUGUCAAACUUAGAUUAAAGCUUUAGAUAUAAAGAUACAUUUCAGUUGGUGUUCGUGAUCAAAUACACACAUCUUUUGGCACUUGCACGUAUUUAGGAGACAACAUGGAGAAGAUCCUGUACACUAGUGUUUGUGAAUACAUGCUGACUUUAGUAGUAUGGUCACCUUUACAAUAUUUGCUGCCAGAUGCCAAAUAUUUGUUAAACUUGUAUGUAUAAAUAUGAUGACGGACUCACAUAAGUAUUUCUGACUAGCUAACAACUGAUUUAGUAGCUUAUAAAAAUGAUUAACGUGUCACUGUUGUAUACAGGGUCUUGUAGCCUGAUAGAUUAAAAGAUGCUUUAGGCCACUUUAAUAUUACAGUAUCAUUCGUCAACAUGGGAAUUAGCUAUAUUGUUAUGAAACCUCACUGAUUAUUUUUCAGGGUGUACGUUUGUGCAGAGAAUAUGCUGCCAUUCUGAUAGCGAGAGAUUUGAUACAAUAGAGGAGAUGAGUCCAAUACUGCAGUUUAUGUUUUAAACUAUCAAAAGCUGGGCAGUACACCAGACCUCUGAUUUUCGUAGACAGAAGCUUCCCGUUUUAUUAAUUGCCUUAAGUUGCAGUAGACUCCAAUUGCAUUAACGUAUUUCCUCUCUUACAGUCUCUGUUGCCUAAAACGUUUUGGAUAAUCUACCCUUUCUGUGUUAGGAGUAGUUCCAAUGAAAAACAGUUUACAGUGUGGAUCACCCAAAAAAAACUUGUUGCUGUAAAAGUGUCUUUGCAAUAAUUCAAUGUCCACAAAAAAGAAAUCCAUCCUCUUUUUUAUUGAUGUCAAACUCUAAGAGAAUCUGAAAGCCUGGGUAAAUCCAAAAGCAUCUGCUUUCAUCUUUACAGCUAAAUGUAAGUGAGAAUAUGUGUGUCUUUGUAAUUCGGGUGACCCUGACUCUUUAAUGGUCCAAACUGAAGUGUACAUUUGGGAAUUUGUAAAACACAAAACCUCAUUUAGAUAAUUGAACUAGAAGUACGGUUUGGGAGGUUAGCCGUGCUGCUGAUGCCUGUUCCUUCUGCUCACUCUCACAUUGAUGCGGAGGAUAACAGGAAGCACAGUCGCCUAACCCCUGCCUGGGUUUGCUUCUAUGCACUAAGACGGAAAUCCCACUAAUCGAUAUACUAUUUUUGCUUGGCUCGUCAGUUUGCAGCCUGGUUUAAUGAAGUUCUUUUGUACUGUGACAUUUUGUAUUGAGAUGAGUCAUCAAUAUCUUUACCUUGAGAAAUGUCCUUCACUUUGGGUUGAGAAAUGCAACUAGUGCCUUAGAUACAUAGAAGAAUAAAUGUGUGUUAUUGUUUGUUGUAUGAACCUGUUUUAUUGCUCUGAAAUGUAUUUGUUGCCUUUUUUUGUUUUCUGCAUACUGUGUGUUUGGACUCGAUAGUGCCAUAUUUACUUUCCCACCAACAGUUAUUGACAGAGUUUAUCUGCAAAACCUAGAGGCAUUAAAACACACACAUACAGGCGAUGCUUGAAUUUAAAUGUUAAAGCAGGUAUCUGUCAGGGUUUGGUUAAAGUUGUUUAACAGGGUGAACAAUUAACUUACAUUCUCAAUGAAACGCACUUUGUGGUCAUGUUUGUUUUUUUGUAUAUACAGAACAAAAAAUGUAAAGUUUCUGGAAGGGGAAAAAAAUAUAUUUAUGUCGGUGACAACAGUGGAGCAUUAUUUUGUCAAAUCAUUUUGACAUACUUUAGUUCAAUAAAGCACCUUAGCACCUGUGA